GAGGCAACGUUGGUCUCUUAUGACCGUGCUGUAUUUGGUUAUACGUUAUUUUGGAAUACCGUAUUCUGUUGCCAAUAUUCUUGCAUACAUGCCACGGGUCUCGCUGACAGAUGUAGGGUGAGUGAGACUCUUAACGGUUGAGCUUGGCUCAACAUAAUUACUCAAUAGGUGCAAUAUUACGGACUAUGCACAGAAUGAGACAAAUGUGGUCGUAGUUGCCAUGUUGGGCGUCAUCAUGAUUGCUCGCUUAUAUGCUAUGUAUCAGGGAUCUAGAAUGUUGCUUAUCUUCCUUGUUAUCAUCUUUCUGGCUGUUAACAUCACUUGCGGAGUAAUCGCGACAAUAGGACUCAAGUACGUUGCAGGGGAGGAGCUGAUACUCUCUGGCACGUAUACGUGCAAUUAUGGAAUUGAAGGGGACGACCAGCUUUUUAUUUCAAUGGUUUGGAUGCUCAACACUGUUUGGGAGGUCCUCGCACUGUGUCUUUCAGUUUGUGCUGCUGUGAAACACUUCCGUGAAUUGCGACGACUGGGCCCAUCGACAGGAUCGACCAUCGGGGACUGUUUUAGAGUGCUGAUACAAUCUCACGUUCUUUAUUUUGCAAGCUUUGUUGGUGUCUCUUGCCUCCAGCUUGCUUAUCUCUCUCCAAAAAUCUUGAAUUCAAAUUCUAUUGGAACCCAGAUAUUUGAAGGUGCUCUUCAAAUUUUAUCGGUUGUGCAGAUGUUUGUGCUGGGACCACGCCUCAUCCUUAGUGUUCGAGAAUAUCACGCCAAACUUAUAGCCGAAUCCGACGCAGAAACUAGCAUGAAUUCGGUUGUCUUCCAGGAGCGUGUACAAGUAUCAACUAGCGUCACUUUGUAGGGAAAUGCUUGCCAAGUGUUCUGCAGAGAGGAUAAAUUCGGUGGAGGAUUCGUAUUUAACACAUGGUGUUUCAAAGCGUAUUGGAAAGUUUUAUGCAAACAUAUUUCUUGUCGUAUCACUACCGGCGG